ACGAGUCGUCAUUUGACAGUUCAAGGAAUGGCUAUUUAGUAAUUACGGUAGCCCCAGAGUUGAAGGAUAAGCGGUCAAACUCGCAGGCGCUUCAACACCAAUGCUGUAUUGGUUUAAAGUUGAUCAUACCCAUAUCAUAUCCAUGCAUCGGAGUUCGAGAAAGCAUUACAAGUGCCUCGUGCGUUAUACCAAGAUGGUGACCGAGACAAUGCGCUUUGCACUUGUCAUAGAAGCAGGAAACAAAAAUAUAUCUCAUGUCCUAAUAAUCAUACGUAUAGCUUGCGGAUAUGCAGCUCCAAAUGUUGUGAUGACGAGAAACCCUCAGGAUUCGAUCGAUCCGAAUCCCUGGCAAUCGCGCUCCGACGAGUUCCUCAUCCUUGUCCAGUAGAGUAGAUGCAUGACGCUGCAACGAUAGUUCAGCUGCGUAUGCACAAGCAUUUCCGAAUCAAUUUCUUUCUACAUUUACCUUGUGCUGUAUCUUUUCCAUUGACACCCGCAGCCAAGUCGCUUUCCCUUGUAUUCGUUGGACGCCAAUGUCUUUUUCCGAUCCGAUUGACUGGGACGCUGUCCUCGACUUUCCUCAGGAGUCUCUGGAUAACCAGAUCAAAGGAGUUGACGAGCACAAAAUACUGAAUCGGCUGCACAAGACAGACGAAGAGAUUGAGCGGUAUAUUGUCGAUGAGAGCCUUGAUGAUAUCGACCGGACUAUUCAUCUUCUAAGGUGCCAAUAAGAAAUGGAGCGGUUAUCCAGAAGCAGAGCGUCAUUGGUAUGCUACCCAAACUCCUGCAAGAACACAAUUCGGAGAUGCGGAGCAGAGUACUACCAGUCUUACUGGACUCCAUUCCGAACGAACAUCACAGUCUUCGCAUAGCUGCUGGACGAAUGAUGAUUAAGCUCAUGGAAAGUGGACUACUUCCCCCCAAAACGGUUCAAAGUGUGGCAGCGGCAGCCAAAAAGGUUAUUGAUCGAAAAGAUCCAGGCACGGCAGAGGUAUGGGAGGAUGUCUUGAUUAUGGCAAUUCAAUUCAUGCCCUUGGAUGUGGUCGAGAAUGAAAUUCUCCCCGAAGCACUGAUCGACGGCGCAUUGGCUCAACCAUCGCCAUUUCGAUUGUGGUGCGCUCGGGUGCUAGGAGCUGCGGCACCCAGGAUUGAAGGCAAAAAGUCUCAGGAACUCUUCUUCCGCAAGGCUAUGCAACUAUGUCAGGAUACGGAUUAUGAAGUCCGAGCAUGCAUGUGCGGACAGCUGAAUGCCAUUGCGAAAGCUGUAGGACCGGACCUUACUACGAAAGAGCUGCUUCCUGAAUAUGUUGAGCUGAUAAUGGAUGAAGAGUCUGUUGUAAGAGAAGCUGCAAUCACAAAUAUCAUGCAGUUGGUGGAUGUCCUCGAUGGUGGCACCAAGACUACCGUCAUUGUCCCGGUGUGGAAGAAGCUCUGUGAAGAUCGUGCUCCAAGGCUUUUGACGUGUCUGGCCCGUGAACUAGGCAUCUUCUUAUGGCAAACCCGAGACCUGUUGCCUGAAGCUGACUUGCGGUUCUUCAUGACCUUUUACCAAUCACUGACCACGAGUUCGGAGAGUGAAACCCGGGAGAUGUGCGCCUUUAACUUUCCAGCUAUCGUCAACUCUCUUGGCAAUGCGCAAGCGUACGAAACCUAUGGCCUCGACGGUGUCUACGAUAAACUGAUACAUGAUACGAAUUCCCAUGUACGGCGCAGGAUGGCAUCUGGCCUUCACGCAGUUGCAGAGAUUCUCGGCUCUCGCUCUUGGACCUUGCUGAAAACGGGAUUCUUAAAGCUUUUCGGCGAUGGAGACGUUGAAGUGUAUCAUCAGCUUUUUAAGCAUUUAGGCCAAAUUUUGGUACAAUUUGCAAAGGAUGAUGCAUGCCGCAAGGAUACCCAGUUGGACGACCUUCUCUUUUUGAUUCUCCGUCGAGAGAGAGAAUGCGCUACAAAUAGCGCUCGAUUCUUUUGGCGAACACAUCAUGAUUUAUUGGAGCAAUUUCGAUGGUUUCCGGAUGUGUUUGGGCCAGAUCUACUCUAUGGACAUUGCGUACCGCUUUUAUUCAAGUUGCUCUCCGAAAAUGUCGUUCUUCCAAUCAAACACACAGCAAUAAAGACUUUGUGCAUAACUUUAAGGAAGACAAAACGUUGGGAGCAUCGUGAUCGGUUGUGCCGACAGAUGCAAGAUUUGAAGGACGCAACAAACUGCCACACACGACUUUUAUUCCUCGACUUGUGUGAGACGGUUUUGUCGGUAUUCUCUCACAAGUUUUUCAAGGAGAACUUUCUGCCGAGCUAUCUCGAGUUGGUAAAGGACCCCGUUCCCAACGUGCGCCUGCGACUUGUCUCCCUGUUACCUGCCGUUCGCCGCACACUGCAUCUGCCCGCUGACUCUGCGCUUCUACAAAGAGUGAGCGAGGCAGUGGGAACACUGUUGACUGCAGACACCGACCGUGACGUUACAGAGGCCGCGAGCGCAAUACUGUGUAAGCUUGGUGCUCCCUCUAGCGACAAUGUAAUCAACAGUGGCAAGCGAGCAAUGUUUGGUGCAGAUACAUUGUCACGAUCACAAGACUCUUUGGAUAAACAAAAGGAGGAGGAAGAGCAGCGUGCUUUUAACACUGACUGGGACAUGGAGGAAGUCGCACGCAGAAGAGACAUGGACGAUGCACGCCAGGAGUUUGCGAAACGCUUGACGGACAAAGACUUGACCAAGAAAGUAAAAAUAAAACCUGGAGGCGAUGCAAAUUCUGCAACAGUUGGCGCCAAAAGUAGGAAUACGGGAACCGGACCUGCAGGAACCAUCAAACCUCGAGGAACAAACACAAUGUCAAAGAGUGGGGAGGGUGCUAGUGGUGGUGGGUUGUAUUCCUCAACUUGGGCGACUUUGGGCGACCGGCGGGGAUCUGGGACUGGCGUUAGUCUAUCAUCGACUGGCAAUACAGGGGUUAGCGGGGGACCUGGUGGGCGACCUAUUGGAUCAAGUCUCCGAUCAGCCGUAAUGAGCACAGACAAGAGUAGCGUUGCCUCAGGGUCUCCAUCGCCUGUGGACUCCCCGAAGCGAGUGGCGCGAUUAGCAAGCACAUCGGCACAUUCAGCACUCCGUCGUCAGAAUCCGAGGGAUCCCAGUGACGACAACAACGACGGUCGAUUGCCGGGGUUGGGGUCCACUCGCGCAGGGCUGACGUCCCCUCGGGUUACACGGCGUCCAUCUGGAGGAGGACAAGGUGGACAAGGCCCUACAUCUCCCGCUCCAUAUUCUCUCAACAGUGCCAAGACUCCUGGAGCAAUCGGCUCAUCUCCAACGGCAUUACUCUCUUCCCAUUCAAUGACAUCCAAGCUCACUUCUGGUAGACGAUCACAGGAACUUUUGAACUCUAGGACUGGUUCAUCAUCGACUGGUUUACACGGUAGCGGACCGACGAGUGCAAUGCUAUCCUCCUAUGGAGUUGCAAGUACAACGCAAUCUGGAGCGUAUACUACAACAAGCGGCAGCGGAUCAAAUAGAUUGUACGGUUCUGCAAAGUCCUGGGGCAAGCCUUCACCCUUGUCACCUCUACCAAAAGCAGGAGGCGCAAGAGAUGGGAGUGGAGAGACUAAUCCUGCAGGGUCUGCGACAGUCGCAGGAAACAGACCUCGCACUCUAUAUCCAUAGUCAUCUGCCGUCGGAUUGGGCGACUGGAUUGCCUCUUUGCAAUAGGGAUACGACAAUUCUUGAGAAAAGCGUUAACUACUGUAACUAUAUAUAUUAUGAUACUUGAGAUGGCUGUAUCUGUGGUUUUUAAAAGAAAAGCAUACAGCCCAAUAUCGAUACUUGCGAUGAAAAACCCAAA